GACGCACCGGAAGAGCCCCUGGAGCCACUUCCGGCGGGGCAAGAUGGCGGCGAAGAGAAUGGGAGCUUCACCUCGUCUCUUCCUCUUUUUCUCGCUUUGUCUCUCCGGAGGUCCCGCCUCCGGAGGGAAGAUGAAGGUGGUCGAGGAGCCCAACAGCUUCGGGCUCAACAACCCCUUCCUGCCUCCAUCAAACCGCCUCCAGCCCAAGGCCUCCCCAGCACCCCCUGCAGGCCCCUCACAUCUCUUCCGACUGGCAGGGAAAUGCUUCAGUUUUGUGGAAUCCAUGUACAAGUACGAGUUCUGUCCCUUCCGCAAUGUCACACAACACGAGCAGACUUUCCGGUGGAAUGCCUACAGUGGGAUCCUGGGAAUCUGGCGCGAAUGGGAAAUCGAGAACAAGACUUUUGCGGGGAUGUGGAUGAGAGAUGGUGACUCCUGCGGAACCAAGAACAGAGAGACCAAGGUGCAUCUUGUCUGUGGGAAGAGCCACCGCUUGGCUCAGGUCUCUGAACCCAGCACCUGCCUUUAUGCGCUUACCUUCGAGACACCGUUGGUCUGCCAUCCGCACUCCCUCUUAGUGUAUCCUGCUUUGCCUAAAGACCUCCAGUGGAAGUGGGACAGAGUGGAGCAGGCGCUGUAUGACGAGCUCAUCACGGAGCAGGGAUACAAGAAGCGGCUGAGAGAGAUCUUUGAAGACGCUGGCUUCUAUCAAGCAGCAAGAGAGAUAGACGGGAAGAAAACCGAAUCCCCAGAGACAGCGUUUGACUCCUUGGACAAGUGCAACCAGGAGUCCAAGAAACUCUCUGAAGAUCUGCAGAAACUUAAGGAUUUAUUGACCCAGCAUGGAGUGGCCUAUGAAGCAGCCCUAGCUGAAGGCGGUGAUGGAAAGCAGGCCCUGGAAAGGCUCCCGGCAGAAGCGUCUCCUCCUGCCCUUCCCUCAAAGGCCAGUCACCAGGCCCUGCGCGGAGACCCUGGAACAAUUAAUGGCUCCCUGUGGAAGGGACGGGACUGAGAGGACACUUGCACCCCAAAAGAAGAACCGGGAUCACAGAUGAGAGAGAGCUGAUUGACCAAACCUCACAAAAUGAUUGUUGACAGGUAGAAAUGUUGGAUGUUACUGUUAGGCAGAAGACAUGAAAUGCAGAGGGGUGACCCACAGCUCAACAACAGUCCUGUCUGUGAAAGGGAUCUGGGAGGAUCAGUUUGCCACAAGCUGAACAUGAGCCAACAAUGUGAUGUAGCAGCGGAAAAUACAAUUCUGGGCUGUAUCAAAAGGAAUCUAGUGUUUAGAUGACGGGAAGUCCUGGUGCUCCUUUGUUCUAUUUUGGCCAGACCUCUUCACCUGGAAUGACAACCCUGUUUCUGAGCAAAGCAAUUAAGAGGUAUGUUGAGUCUGAGCUGGAAGGGGUCCAGAGGAGGGUGGCUAAAAGGAUUCAAGGCCUGGAAGCCAGGAAUCAUCUCUCUUGAGGAGGAACAGCUUAAAGAGCUGGGUCUGUUGAACUUUGAGAAGAGAAGGCUGAGAGAAAGGGACAGGAGAGGAACUAUGUCUAAGCAUUAGAAGGGCUGUCCUAUGGAAGAAGGACCCGGCUACCUUUCUGCUCUGGAGACUAGGCCUCAAUGGAGCCAAGGGUUCAAAUCCUAGAAAAUGAGAUUCCUCUGAAAGAUUAGGAAGACCUAACCAGAAGAAGAUCUGUUCGACUGUGGAACCCUCUGCCUCAGUCCAGGGGAGAUUUCCUCCUUCUCCAGACAUUGAAGCAGUGGCUGGAUGGCCAUCUGUCGGGAGUGAACAACAGACCUCUGAGGAUGCCUGCCCUAGAUGUGGGCAAAACCUCAGGAGAGAAUGCUUCUGGAACAUGGCCAUACAGUCCAGAAAACUCACAGAAACGAGAGAUAUCUACAUUCCCCAAAUCCUGACCCAGCAUUAGAUAUAGCCUGAAGGCCAUAAAGGUUGGACACCAUUCCAAAAGCUUUUGACUCAUUAUGUAAGACCACUUUUUUUAAAAAAGAUUUUAAUUUAUGAAUAUUUUUCAGCAUUACAAAUAAUUAGGAAUAUUUAACUUCUAUGUUGUUUGGCUGAGCUGCUGCUGAAGAGAGGAAGGACUGCCUGUUCCCAACUUUCGUCCCACCGCAGCUGCCGGGCCGAGCGCAGGUUUCUUCGGAAUAAGCUCAGUUUGCCCUCCACAGCAGGGAAUUCCCAGAACAGCAUCUGCAAUGUUAUAUACAGAGAAUGUGAGAAAAGAUUAGCAGGACCCAAGGCAGAAUGGAAAUGUUGCAUUUCAAACUUUGCAUCCUAUACCAGCAACUAUUGAAAACUGGUGAACAGAAUUGUUCUUUUAAAAUAAAGGUGUCUUAAAUUAAA